CCCCGCCCCGUGAGGCCCCGCCACCCUCCGCCCUCUUCCCCAGGCCCAGCACCCGGCCUCGCUCCCCGCCACCUUCACGCGCAGGUGCUCAGGUGAGUCGGGCCACCCGCCGUUCUCCCCGCGCGCCUCGCCCGCCCCGACAGCACGGAGGACCCCCGAGCCAAAGGCGGUGCUGGGCUCCCCGGCCCGCACCCCGCCGCGCCCGCCGCGCCCCCCGCGGCCCCCACGGCCCCCGCGGCCCCGUCAGACGGCGGCGCCGCCAUGCCCGAGCCGGUGGUGACGGCGCUGCUGGCGCCCUCACGCCUCGGCCUCGCGCUGCUGCGCGCCGCGAUGUGGGCAGCCGUGUCCGCGGCUGCGCUGCUGGCCGCGCUCGCCUACAGCUGCGUCGCGCUGACCCACGUGUUGUGCCGCCCGCGCCGCGGCUGCUGCGGCCGUCCACGCCGCGCGCCCCCCGCCUGCCUCCGCGACCCCGCGCUGGGCGAGCACGGGAGCCUGACGCUGCAGAGCUCGGGCCUGCGCCUGCACUACGUCUCGGCCGGACGCGGGAAGGGGCCUCUCAUGCUCCUUCUUCACGGCUUCCCCGAGACCUGGUUCUCCUGGCGCUACCAGCUCCGGGAGUUCCAGCACCAGUUCCACGUGGUGGCUGUGGACAUGCGGGGCUACGGCCCCUCCGACGCCCCUCCAGCCGUGGACUGCUACACCAUGGACCUGCUGACUGAGGACAUCCAGGACACCAUCCUGGGCCUGGGUUACUCCAAGUGCAUCCUCGUGGCGCACGACUGGGGCGCAGUCAUAGCCUGGAACUUCUCCGUCUACUACCCGUCCCUAGUGGAGCGCAUGGUCGUGGUCAGCGGUGCCCCCAUGCCCGUGUACCAAGACUACUCCAUGCGCCACUGGAGCCAGUUCUUCCGCUCCAAUUAUAUGUUCCUGUUCCAGCUGCCCUGGCUCCCUGAGAAGUUGCUGUCCAUGUCCGACUUCCAGAUCCUGAAGAGCACCCUUGCCCACCGCAAGACGGGCAUCCCCCACCUGACCCCCAGCGAGCUGGAGGCCUUCCUCUACCACUUCUCACAGCCCGGCGGCCUCACCGGGCCUCUCAACUACUACCGCAACCUUUUCCGGAACUUCCCCCUGGAGCCCCAGCAGCUGGCCACGCGCACCCUGCUGCUGUGGGGGGAGAAGGACCCCUACCUGGAAAAGGGGCUGGUGGAGACCAUCAGCAGCCGCUUUGUGCCUGGCCGGCUGCAGGCCCAUGUCCUGCCCGGUGCAGGCCACUGGAUCCCACAGAGCCACGCUCAGGACAUGCACCAGUACAUGUGGGCCUUCCUGCAGGACCUGUCGGGAUAGGGCUUGCCCAGCCCAGUGCCCCUCUGCUGGCCCUCACGCAUGCCCGCCCGGCAUCCUGCCCAGUGCCCUGUGCUGGCCCUCACGCAUGCCCACCCCUGGCAUCCUACUGCCCAGGCCGUGAGUGCCGGUGCUCACCUCACAUACAUGCAUGUGCAUACAUGGGAACCUGCACUGUCUUGGGAAACAGUCACUUGCCAUCCCCUGGAGCUGGAGGGGGCUGAGUGUCCCCAGCCCUUCCCUGCACUCAGCCUAGCCCAUGUCCUGCCCAGUCCAGCCCCCUCUCCAGUAGAAUUCAGCUAAGCAAACUGUCUCUGGUAGCCCCAUUGGGACCUCCCACUCGCAUGUAACUUCA